GUAAGUGGUAAUAAGUGUUGUGAAAAAUUCAAGUAAAUUUCUAAUCCGCUAAUAAAGUGUGCCGGUACCGGUCAUUACCAGAUAGUGAGAGUGUCAAUAAUCAACAAACACCAUGAAGGAAUACACACAAGUUACAAUGCCAAACUAUUCGUAUAUGUUCAAUUUCGAGUCUGAUUUCAUUCAUCAAAAGAGCCGCACGUGGAUGCAAGACAACUGGACCUCAGGCUUCUGGGCUGUGGGCGUUUACAUGGUGCUCAUCUUCGGAGGACAAUAUUUUAUGCAGAAUCGGCCUAGAUUCGAACUGAGAGGUCUUUUGAUUAUAUGGAAUACUCUCUUAGCGACUUUUAGUAUAAUGGGUGCCUUUAGGACUCUACCAGAAUUUAUCCACACAUUAACUCAUCAUGGUUUGUACCAUUCUGUAUGCAUUCCUUCCUUCAUUGAAAACGAUAGGGUGUCAGGCUUCUGGACUUUUAUGUUUGUACUUAGUAAACUGCCAGAACUGGGUGAUACUAUAUUUAUAGUUCUUCGUAAACAACCCCUGAUCUUCCUCCAUUGGUAUCACCACAUCACUGUGUUUUUAUACUCUUGGUUCAGCUACACGGAGUAUACAGCUAGUGCUAGAUGGUUCAUUGUUAUGAAUUAUUGUGUUCAUUCUGUGAUGUACUCGUACUACGCUCUAAAAGCCAUGAAAUACAACCCACCAAAGCAAAUCGCCAUGCUUAUUACUUCACUCCAGUUACUUCAGAUGUUGAUAGGUUGUGCUGUUAACUUAUGGGCCAGACAGUUACUCCAAAACCAAGCAGAAUGCCAUAUUACACCAUUCAAUAUCAAGUUGUCAAUUACUAUGUACUUCAGUUACUUCGUGUUGUUUGGAAGAUUCUUCUACAAGGCGUAUAUGUCGGGAGAGAAGAAAUGGGGCAAAGCUAAGAACGCUCCAGUUACCGCAGAGUAUCCACUAUUAAAAUCUAAGGUGCAGUAGGUUAUUUAAAUUAAUGAUACAUUCCAAAAAUUGCAAACAUUCUAUUGUAGUGCUAUUUUACAUCAGUUUCAUUUUUUAGAGCAUUGAAAAUGUUGACUCCAUAGUAUGCUUAAUUAAGCUAAACGAAUUACAGAAUAUGUCAUACAUAUUUUUAAAUUCAUUCCCUAUCUUUUAGCAAAUUAUCACAAAUAACGUCCAGAGUUCACAAAAUUGGACGUCCAUAGAAUGUCCGCAACAAACGUGCAGUGUACGUUGUUGUAGCUUUCAGUGUACGCCUUAUGUACAUUCAAAGUACAUAAUCUGAUGUACAUUCAAUGUACGUCUUAUGGACAUUUUUAGCAUACUUUUCACAAAGCAAUCUAGUAUCUAUAAUUUUGUGAAUACAUAGCAAAAAGCCUUUAUAGGAAAUAGUUCCUUGAAUACUAAAACUUAUACAUUAAAAUAUUACACAAGA